AGCCCAUUGCCGCCCACCCUCCCCUCUCUGCCAUCCUCUCCUUCUACCCCAUUUUUCUCCACCGCUCCCCCACUCUCCGCCCCUCUCCCACACUGCUCUCUCCACUCCAACUGCUGCCUUCGUCUCUCCCCCUCGCUCAAACCGCCGCCGCCGCCACCACCACCACCACCACCACCACCACCACCACCACCACCACCACCACCACCACCACCACCACCACCACCACCACCUCCUCCUCCUCCUCUGCCCGCCUCACCUUGCUUCACCUCCCCCUCCCUCGCCUCCCCCGCCCUCACCCAGACGUCCACCGCGUGCCCCGGCACCACCGCCUGCCGCCAUGCCUGCACUGCCGGCUUCUCUGCCGAGCCGCACAGGAACGGCCUCGACCUGGGAGCCCACACCAGCGCACCGCUGCCCUCCUCAGCCCCACCGCCCGUCCCCCUGCCUGCAGCGCCGCGCCCAGCCGCGCCACCCCUGCCCGUGCCAUGCCCACCUGCACUGGCGCCGUGCGCCGUCGCGCCAUUGUGAGCCUCCCCACCACUGGCAGCACCAUCGC